CCCUCCCUCCCGCCCUCCCUCCUCCCGCUCCGCCCGGAGCGCCCUUCGCCCAACGCCGUUACCGGCGCCGACACAGCCGAGGCCCGAGCGCUGCCGCAGCCUGAGCCGACCCCGCGCUGCCCACCAUGGACACCGGAGUCAUCGAAGGGGGUCUCAAUGUCACGCUCACCAUCCGGCUACUCAUGCACGGCAAGGAGGUGGGAAGCAUCAUUGGGAAGAAAGGGGAGUCCGUGAAGAAGAUGCGUGAGGAGAGCGGAGCUCGCAUCAACAUCUCGGAAGGGAACUGCCCCGAGCGGAUCAUCACCCUGGCGGGACCCACCAACGCCAUCUUCAAAGCUUUUGCGAUGAUCAUUGACAAACUGGAAGAGGACAUCAGCAGCUCCAUGACCAACAGCACAGCUGCCAGCCGGCCCCCGGUCACCCUCCGGCUCGUGGUGCCCGCCAGCCAGUGCGGGUCCCUCAUUGGCAAAGGAGGCUGCAAGAUCAAGGAGAUCCGAGAGAGCACGGGGGCACAGGUCCAGGUGGCAGGGGACAUGCUGCCCAACUCGACUGAGCGAGCCAUCACCAUCGCUGGGAUCCCACAGUCCAUCAUCGAGUGCGUCAAACAGAUCUGCGUCGUCAUGCUUGAGUCUCCCCCGAAGGGUGUCACCAUCCCGUACCGACCCAAGCCAUCCAGCUCUCCCGUCAUCUUUGCAGGCGGCCAGGACAGGUACAGCAGCGGCAGUGCGAGCUACCCCCACACCGCCCCAUCCAUGUGCCUCAACUCUGACUUGGAGGGACCACCUCAGGAGGCCUAUACCAUUCAAGGACAGUAUGCCAUUCCACAGCCAGAUCUGACCAAGCUGCACCAGUUGGCAAUGCAACAGUCACACUUUCCAAUGUCUCAUGGCAACACUGGAUUCAGUGGCGUUGACUCCAGCUCUGCAGAGGUGAAAGGCUAUUGGGGUUUGGAUGCCUCUGCCCAAACCACCUCCCAUGAACUCACCAUUCCAAACGAUCUGAUUGGCUGCAUCAUCGGGCGUCAGGGCGCCAAGAUCAACGAGAUCCGCCAGAUGUCCGGGGCUCAGAUCAAGAUUGCCAACCCCGUGGAAGGCUCUACUGACAGGCAGGUGACCAUAACUGGAUCUGCAGCGAGCAUCAGCCUGGCCCAGUAUCUAAUCAAUGUCAGUUUAGAAAGCGCUAAACCCUCCUCCCAGGCAGCCUCCGUCACGAUCCCUGACCACCUCAGCAUCAACCUCUCUCAACCCUCCACCCCUUCUUCUUCUUCCUCCUCCACCACCACCCCCUCGCUCGCCACCGCGGGGGCCUCCGACGCGCCCUCCAGCCUCCCCAACCCUCUUCCGACCGCCCCUUGUGUCUCCAGUCUGCUUGGCAUGAAACCUGUCCCUCUCCUGGCGCUAAAUGUCGUGUCUGCGGCCAAAGGCGCCGCGGCGCCCGCCGUGCCCUGUGUCACUAACAAACUCAAAGCCGAGAAGCAAAGGUUUUCCCCGUACUGAGCCUGCUCCAGGGGGUGGCAGCACCAGGACCCCGGAGAGGAGACUUGGAACAACAGUUUUUUCCUCUUUUUUCUUUUUUUUUUUUUUUUUUUUAAAUUCUUUUUGGGGUUUUUUUUUAGUUUUCCUUUGUACCGAGCUCGCGCUGCUGUGGCAGCAGCAGAGCUGUUCUUGCCGGCCGAGAGACUGUGUCCCCUUGUCCUGUGAGCGGUCACAACUCCUUCUCUGCCUGCCUCCAGUUGUUGCUUGUUAUUUUUUAAUUUUUUUUUUCUUUUCCAUUUCUCCUCCUUUUCCCAUUUUUUUCUUUUUUGAGUAGUUUGGGUGCAGC